AAGAAGAGCAACGGCGUGUCCGUUACCAUGGUUACGACCCCAGUUCCCGAGUUACGUGCUGUUGGAAGCAUCAGCUCUCGUCAGCGCAACCGUCAGUCAAAGUUUCGCCCAGUGAUGAAAAAAGAGAACAAUUCUGGGAAAAACGGGACGGGUGGCAACUCCAAAAAGCUGAGAGCCUAAGAUGGUGGGUGUUGAUGUCUCCCUGUGGUGGUGUCCCCUUCCUGUGUGCUGUGUUGUCGACCCCUGGUGUGAUCCUUGAAGUGUGUGUGUGUGUGUGUGUGUGUGUGUGUGUGUGUGUGUGACUCUCUCUCCUGGACACCUCACACCUGGUGGCCCACCUCUCCACUGGGCACGGGCGCUGGAGCUGAUCCCAGCCGAUAUUUGGCUACACCCUGGAUAAGUUGCCAGUUCAUCACAGAACAUGCAAACUUCAUACCAAGCCAGGCCUCAUACCCAGUUAGUUAGUUAUUAUCAUCAUUACAUUUGUUCUUCAUAGGAUAGUGCAUCUGAAUUUUUAAAUUAAAACUGUUUGUUUGUUUGUCUUUAUUUGACGGUUAGUCCGUAGCAAAUGACAGGGACAAAAAUGGGAAGAAACAGAGAAUGGUUUGCAACUGGAAUAGCGCCUUUACCAUUAGCCUACAGGGACCCCAAAUAUUUGUGCUUUUUUGUUAAAUAUUUUUCGGAAAUUGCAUUCUGGCACAGUAUCUCUGUGUCACACUAAGGCAUAAAAAAAUGGCACUGAAGCACCAUUGUAAAUUUAAAAAUGUAUUACCCUCACACUAUAAGAACACUUUUUCUGUAUUAAAGAUUACUCUCUGUGUUUUUGAAUCGGUGGUACACCUUAAAAGGAAGUGUUUUCUAACUGUAUUUUUAUAGGCAUGCUUUGCAAUAAUGAUAUACAUAUUUUGCUUUAUAGAUAUGAUGGGCAUGUUUUUAUUUAGCACCAAACAUGGUCAAAUUUGUAACAAGUUCAUGCCACAAGAUUCAUAGAAUAAGGUCACGAUGCGAUAGUGCGUGUUGAAGUAGUGUUUCCAUUGCACAGCUUCCAGGGAAAUACUGCGUGGCGGGCAGCUCGUACCAUGGCUGUAACAUCAGAGUGCCGUACAGAUUAAGAGGCAUGACAAGCACAUGGUGUGGAAGGGUGGAGAGAUGGCUUAGUAUGGAGUUGUCAACAAAGCGUCAGCCGGGCGGGGGGGCGUCUCAUAGUCCUGACACUGGAGAAGCCUUCUCUCAUAGAGUUAGAGCAGACAGACAUGAUCGGACGGACAGAUGCACUGCUGUGUAAACUCGCUGUGGGUUCAGGCGUCUUGUUCCUCCUCCAGUCCCCACAGCUCACACUCACUGCAAUGUGUCGAUAAACUGUUCUGUAACAGACCAUGACCUUUGACCUUCAUGCAGGAAAAAGACAAAAAGGGAAGCUUUCAUGGAGUAUCAACUCAUUUAUUUCAUGGUUGUAUGACAGACACUGGCCUAUAUUUGAUUCUUUUUUUAUAAGAACAACUUGGUGAAAAAGGAACAUGCAUAUUCGUGUAAUUAAAAAAAAAUGCCUUUUGUUUGUGCCAAAGUCUCUUGACGUGAAUAGAAACGUUGGCUCUACUAUCUCCAGUUCUGUGGUCUCCCGUUGGCGCUCCGGGGGCUGGUCUCAGAGCCUCUCCAUAACGGGCCAUGGAAACUCUGACGUUAGACCCCAGCGCUUCUUAUAGGCACCUGUCCUUCCGCGUCACGCCCAGCUCCCAAUAUGAAAAGCGUGUGAUUGUUUUCCGAAUGAGAGUGUGCGUAGACUGGCACUAUAUAGCUUCCGUGUAGUUUCCUUUCUCCAUACAACUGCAAGGAAGACACUGGCGGGACACUUCACACUGGGAGCUUCACACUGCUCACCGCUCACCAGAGGAUAGCAGGAGUUUGUUGCUCUGCUCUCAAUAUAACAUGGAGGUGGCACCUUAUGUCAAGAGAGCUGGUGGCCACGCAGCAUCACUGUUGGCAUGUCUGAGCCUCCAACGAGAAGAAGCUCAGUUCUGUGACUGUGUGGUCAGACAGACACAGAAUCCGGGUCAGCUUUACCCUGCACACAGGUGCGUCCUGGCAGCUUCUAGUCCAGUGUUCGCGUCUCUCUUGUCCUCUGCUGGUGCCCUGGUGGAACUGCAGGCGUCGUAUCUGUCUGGCUCUGUCCUGGGCCUUGUUUUGGACUACAUUUACACAGGCGCCUUGCCGCACGCUUGUACCCAGCAACAGUAUUACAGUCUGCUCACUGCUGCCCACCACCUACAGAUGGAUGAACUGCAGGAGGCCCUGAGAUCUCAGGUGAACCUUGCACAUGAUAGAAAUGCAUCCACGGGAGCUGAAGGCCAGUCACAUGAGGACACUGAAAAUACUUACAGUAAAAUGGUGAACACGUAUCUGCCAUUAGCAGACACUUGCAGAGAGAAUUCACUGGAGAGAGAGGCUCAAUUUUCCGAUGUGAGCCCUUUAAGCAGUGUCAGCACCAGCUGUAGUGCACCUGAAAGCAGUGAAAGCAGUGUAAAUACAGGUAUCUGCAGCAAAGUAAGUUGCCUAACACCUCAGGAUUUGAUUCAGAGAAUCAUAUGCACCGCUGAAGUGCACAGGGUAUCCAGAGUGGGCAAAGAUCUGCAAAGGGAUCAGUUUCAUUCAGCUGGCACUGUAAAAGCAGAGGGUUGGCAUCUGAACACAGAGAGGGAGCUACUGAGGACAGCUGAAAACAGGAGGAGCUUGUAUUUACUCCACAGUGCUGAGGUGCAAGGGGUUAGCAAAGAGAAGACAGUGUGUUCAACGGCAAAAAGUCAUGCAGAGGUAAAGCAAAUUUGGAGGAAAGAGGAAGACGAGAUCCGUCACUCCCCACUUCUUCAUUUCUCAACCGCCCAGCUUAAUGAGAAUGAUUCUCCCUCAGAGAGCUCCUUCGUGUCGUCUCCCUCAUCUCCGCGUCCAUACUGUAGUGCAGUGCCCGUUAUCCGCCACAGCAGUAUAGCCUCUAUGGCAGAAGUUUCUAUGAUGCCUCCUUACCAUCCAGUGUCCAAGGUCUCAGUCGGCUUCAACAGGCGCCCUGACUCACAAUUAGGAAGCACAGGCACUGACAGAAUCACUGAGAGUAUUACCACUAAACUCAAAAGACAUAAUAGGGCACGGAUUCAGGAUUACAGAAACAAGAGUUGGGAGCAUAAUGAUAGUUCAGAUCAAUGUAGAAGAAGUGAUUCAUGUCCCAAAUCCAAUGCAGAUCAAUCUGACAUCCUGAAACAGGAUUACCCCAGCAGCAGCACAGAUCAUGAUGAACAUAUGGGCAAUGGAUUAAACCACAUCACAGAUGAUGAUGAUCGCCUUGUUCAUUGUGAUUCAUUUACGUAUAAGAGUCACACAAAUCAUCCCAGGGGUGAAUCAAUGCCAACGAUUAAGGAUUGCAGCAGUUUCUCAGGAGGAUCAGAGAACAAAUCUGAUCUCAGUUUUGAUGAUUUCCCCUUCAAACAUCAGCGACUGGAUUGCUCUGAUUGCCACAGCGUCGCGAUGGCACCUGCAGCGGAGGAGCAGUCCAAUCACCCACAAGGUCAGAGAGCUGUAGUCUCACUUCCUGUGCAAGAUCCAGAAACAGGAAGUGACCCUCACUGUGAAGAUGUGUGCCCUGAGGGAGAAGCGAAAGAGGAACACAGUUACUCAAGCUGGUGUCCAUCUGAAAUAGAGGGACAGGACAGUCAAUGUGACCUCUAUGGACCGAAGAAUGACUGGUACCCAAACUUGCAAAGAGCUGAGAUGGGCUCAAAAGAUUCUGCCUCUAGCCAAUGUGAACAUGAUGACAAAGAUUCAGCUACGGAAAACGAUAAUGGACGCACAUAUCUGGAACACGAGAACCCAGGGCCAUGGACAGUUUUUACCAUGCCUCUAGACGACAACACGUCUGACCACACGUAUAAUUUUGUUGGACAGUCAUACCGUGGACAUCUUCGUUAUCACUGCCUACCCCAGGAUUACUCAUACUCAUCGCGCCGAGACUCUGAUCAAUCAGCCAAGUCAAGCCACCCUGAUCGAUCAGACCAGUCUGGUGAUGAGGAGGCGGUUUGUGCCUCUGCAAGUCCAGGUCUCAGUCCUCUGAGGCAGCACUUUGCUUCGUCAGACCAGAUACUUCUGCUGGACAUCAGCACCAAACCAUCAGAGUUGCUAGUGUCCUACAGGCACAGAUGUGAUGAACAAGAGAAAUGGGUUUCAUUCCGUCAGAGGGACACAUCUGGAAAUGGUCUUGGGGAUAAUAAUAGAGAGCAUGAACCAACAUCUGCAGCUGGGGUUGUAAAGAGAAAAUUCAGAGCUAGGGCCAGAAAUGGGGCUGAAAGUUGCAAUGAGGCUACGACUAAACCUUGGGCUGGAGAAACAGAUGUUGAAGAAAGAAGAUCUGUUGUUAGUGAGCAAAGCAGGCCAGGAGCUGAGGUCAUACACAGAGCCGAUGCUGUGGAGAGUGAGAACCAGCCAACUACCUUGACAGUCUGUUCUACUCCUAGUGAGUUAGACUCUGUACAAGCCCCUGUGUCAUCUACCUUGUCUGCCUGCAUGCCUUCUACCCUUUCAACCAGCAUGCCAACCAAUAUAUCAGCUCAUCUGUCAACUCCUGUCCACCACCCUUUCCAGUGCUCUAUGUGCGACCGGUCCUUCAGCCAGCGAGGCUCUCUGAAUAGACAUGUGCGGAGCCACCUUGGCGUGCGGCCCUUCCCCUGCCCUCGCUGCCCUAUGACCUUUUCACGCCAGUACCGUGUCUCAGAGCACAUGCGUGUUCACCAGCGCUGUGUCAUCAGCAGCGACUGUGAAAAGCCAGCCGCCACGCCCAUUGAGAAAAUGCCACAAAAGUGACAGUAUCAUUCGCUCUCAGGAUUAUGAGAAGUGGCUUCCAUGACAGGCGGAUAUGUGGAAGACGGUAAAGGCAUUUUUUUUAAGAUAAAGUUCUGAGAUGAGGAUCAGAGGUCAGAACUGAUGGGUAUCUAUAACCUCAAUGCGAGGAGCCUGAAAACGCUGCGGUGCAAUGAAGAGCGGACAUUUUUAAUUGAGGAGAAAAGUAAGCAGUGAGUACAUUAAGAGCAAUACAUUUUUUAUUUGUGCUCACAAUGGAACAUGACCAUCAUCGUAGCGUUGAAAAGCACAUCAACAACAAUCAGUUACUGCAUGUUUAAGAUGCUCUAUAUCUGCUUGACGUGUGAUGAGGUAUAUAACUAUAUCAUAUAUAAUAUUCAAGUUCACCUCAAAUUCUCUUGAUGUUGGUAGCUAAAUUUCGGUCAGACUGACAUUCUGACUCCAUUCCAUUUAGUCUUCUACUGUGUUUUUGUUUAAUAGGUACAGCAUUACUCAUGACCGUUUUCUUUGGCAGCUGAAUUGAAGGCUGCAGUCCCAGUUUCGAAGGUUUUCUAGAAUGGUUUUCCUGUCACAUGUGUCAUUUAUAAGGCUUUUACUGUCUGUUCAGACUACAAGAUGUCAAACAGUUUUCUCAUGACGUGUAAUUAAUGACAGUAUUCAAAUGAUUUAUUUUCCAUUCCUUUAUUCAUGCAUGUCAUUGUUUUCCCAUUGUUCAUCGAAUGCUGUAGGGAUUGUGAUCUAAAAGAGAUUAACAUGACAAACUCAUUACAGUGUCUUAUUUUGUAACAGUGAUUAAGAAAUUGAGUCUGUCCUCUAGAUAUGUCAGUCAGCCACAUUUAAACCCCACCGCCUCAUUUUAUGUGGGUCCUCCUCGUUCUGCCAAGGCUGCUCUGUCCCAUCGAGGUAUGAGCACAGGACCUGUUGUAUCUUGCUCCAGGACGUUGGCUGCAGAUACUUUGGGUCCUGUGGGUUGCCAGGUGGCUCCUCAUGGAAGGGACUCGUUCCAAUACAUCCCAAGAAUGGCCGAUCAUAUUGAGAUGUGGACAUUUCCUCAGUGAAUGUCUUUUGUGGUGCGUUAGGACACAUUGCCGUGCUCAUGAUGAUCGGGGAACACUGCAUUGUAAUAAGAUGAUCAAUGUUAUUUCUGUCACCCGUCAGAGGUUUUAAUGCUGUGGCCGAUCGGUGGAUAUUGUUUUAUGAUCACACGUGAUGGACAUUUUAGAUCCAUUUUUUUUUGUUAUCGUUACAGUUUUCAGAUUUCCAUCAUACAAAUGUAUGCAUGCGAAGUUUAGUAUCAUGUAAAAAGUCUAAAAGUUUAUCGACACAAUCUCAACCCACUGUGAUGAUCAUAAUGAACGUCAUGUGUGCCUGACUGUUGUGUGAAUUUGUGUUGCUACUCUGUACUAAAACAUGAAAUGUUUAAAAAAGAAAACCUACAACUGUUCUACUCUGAGACAGUUAUAUAUAUUCUAAGUUGCAGCUUGUUUUCCUAAAAAACUGGUAACAGUGGCACAGAAAGUGUACAGGCGUGUCAUGAUUUGCACUCCAUGUUCUCCCUGUUAACAGAGAAAUUUAUUAGGGACUCAUCUCACAUGCUGUCCCCUGUGAGGACAGUACGUCGAGUGUUGCAGCGUUGGUACUUCAUGUUGUUGCUCCUGAAACAUGAGCCGACAUGAUAUCAAGGGCAGCCAUGAGACUCAGUGCAUGUUCUGUCUUGUCUAUGCCAACGUUUCUUCUGUAAGCGACUGAAAGGCGGAAAUGGCUCGUGUUCUUCUGUGUUUAACACUUCAGAUUGUUUAAAAAAAAAAAAAAAACAGAGAGAACAUUUUAGAGACCAGAUGUGAUUUGUAUUUAUGGUUGGAAGUCACAUUACAUUUUAUAUGCAUAUUCAUUUUCAUAUUCCACUCUGUUGUUUGGAUAAAAAAAACAAAAACAAAAACAAACAUUGAAAACAACUCACAUGACUUUGUGUUUUCAUUUAGUAAAAAUGAGGCUCUAGAUUCAAACCAUUAGUAAAAACUUAAUUUCAAAUAAGCUGUCAUAUCAGUAAUUACGAAAACAAGUAAGUAUUGAUCAAGAAUAAAGGUUUCUCAUUUUAAGUCAUAAGUAUGAAUUUGUUAGUAAGUCGUUGUUGGAAAAUAAUUAGGGGGUUUAGUAACAAACUUUAAAUCUGCAGUUAAUAUGUUUUUAAUUUUGGUCCAAAGGUUAUUUCACUGUUAACAAAGGUUUAUGAACAUCACUUGCAACAGCUCCAUGAACAGUUGUUUAACAAAUAGUUUAUAAAGUAUUUCAUUGUUUGUUAGAAUUAAAGUCAACAAAGACAAAGCAAAUAAGGUCAUGCUGUUAGAGAGAAACACCAUCUCAAUCCAAAAGAUGUUCCUAUUAAUGGAAGAUAUAUAUAAGAAUAUAUUAUAAACAUUUUCUAUGUGGUGCCAGAUCAAAACCUGGGACCGAGUCUGCCAUUGAUUAAUAUGAUUGUUUAUAUGAGCGCACAGAAGGUAUCUCAGACACUGGCUUCACACAGACCUUUGUCCUGUGGUGUAGUAGUGCAAACAAAGUGUUGAGACAGGUCAGCCAGAGUAGGCAGCAGAUCAUUAUCUACACAGUGGGGAAAGUUGUAGCUUUAGCAACCUGAGUCUUAAUACUUCAACACAGAAACCGAAAGUUAGUCUUGGGAUAGCACCGUCGGAAGACGGAUCACAGAGUAAUGAAUAUCAGAUGAAUGACAAACUGCAGCUUAAACCUGCUCAGUCUCACUACUGAGUGCGACAGAGCCAAAGGAAAAACAUCUGGUUCACAGUUGUGGUUCAGUAAUGAUCUGGGGUCACUUACACUUUUCAGUACUGGA